AUGCCCGACUCUGAGCGGUACCCCACUGAAUACAUCUGUCCCAUCUCUGGCUCGACGAAGAAUAUGUAUCGAUGCCCCCUCAUCCCUUAUGAUGCGGUAGACGCUGAUGCAAAGACGGUCGCUUGCCAGGAAUGGGUGUUCGGACUCAGAAGAGGUGGCCUUUGCUACUAUCUCCGUUCUCAGGAUAACUAUGUCUUCUUCCAAAGGGAGAUCAACGAUCUUUUCCGACGAGGAGAAUUCAUCUUGGCUCCUACUUACAAGACCUACUUGGACACGAUGAGAUUUAUAGACUGUGCAGGCAUUAAAGGACGCAAAUUUAAUGACAAGUCAGCGCGGAGGCCGUCAUGCGCGCUCGCAUCUGCCAAUGGAAAGUACCGUUACGUCUUCAUCCCAUGCACUGAUGCGGCGCGCGCGCUUCAGAAGAAGUUCAAGAUGCAGGCGCAAACCAAGGAGGAUCUCAAUGACGGCAUAAGCCCGGUGCACAACAAGCCAUUUCUGAACGGUAGCGAUCAAUUUCCAGUGGUCGAAUGUCUGGCGCAUCCGUUCUCGGUCUGCUCGCACGCGUACAACGUGUUGCACAAGCGCUCAACAACCCUUACGUCGCAGUGGCAAGUUCUCUGUGGACGCGUCGUUGGCCACUGGUUGUAUGGGAGGAUCAAGCCGCCAGGAUGGUUUCUGGACGAGCCCGAAUAUGGGCUGGACGACGAAGACCUCACACCCUCUGAAGCGACAGGAUACCUUUUAGAGAGCACGCGUGAUGCUGACGAGUCCGCCAAGCUGCUCGAAAGCGGCCAGUUGCCGGACAAUCACUUCCUCAAGAAAUGCGCGCAGUGGGCGCUCGGUGUACCUCCAGAUGCGCCGCCUCCCGAAGAGGAUCGCUCUCGCAUCGUCUACAGCGAGCGCCGUUCGGUACGAAUCGCAAAGCGCGCGCCGCAUCCGUAUCAACGCCCGCCGAAGUCAUCACCUCCAGAAGAAUCCUCUGGCCCGCUUCCGUCGCCAAUACGCAAAGGCCGCCAUGCGCUGCAGACAUGCAAGCGCAAUGCGAUCAUGAAACCGCCUUCGUGGUUGUCUCGGAACGGCCGAUACCCGACUCACCGAUUCUGCAGCAACGACUGGGCCUUCUUUCGACAUAAUGUCUACCUUGCCUCGUACGCGGGCCAGAACUAG